GUACGGAAGUGGCUUCAGAGGCGGAAGCGCCGGUUUCCCCCGGUCAUGGCCCCGUUGCUUGUAUUGUUCCUGGCCGGGGUGGCAGUCGCUUCUCGGGGUGACCGGGAGCCUGUGUACCGGGAAUGUGUGUCUGCCUGCGAGCAGAGGAACUGUACCGGGGCCCGGCUGCAGGAUUUCCGGGCCGAGCAGCCGCUGUACAUGAGGCUGACCGGGUGGGUUUGCCUGGAUGAUUGCCGGUAUCAGUGUAUGUGGGACACAGUGUCCCUCUAUGUCAAAGAAGGAUUCGCUGUGCCACAAUUUCAUGGCAAGUGGCCGUUCUCCCGGUUCCUGUUCUUCCAGGAGCCAGCGUCUGCCCUGGCCUCCUUCCUGAAUGGAGUUGCAAACCUUCUGAUGCUAAAGCGCUACCGAUCCUCUGUUCCUGCUUCGUGCCCAAUGUACCAAACAUGCCUCAACUUUGCUAUGGUUUCCAUAAAUGCUUGGUUCUGGUCGACAAUUUUCCACACCAGAGACACUGCGAUCACUGAGAAAAUGGACUACUUCUGUGCCUCGGCAGUCAUUCUGCACUCCAUUUACCUUUGCUGUAUGAGGACUCUGGGACUUCGAUAUCCUGCUGUUGCCAAUGUCUUUGGUGCUCUCCUGGUCCUUCUAUUUGCCUGCCAUGUGUCUUACUUGACCCUCGGACGCUUCGACUACAGCUACAACAUGCUAGCCAACGCAAGCUUUGGCAUGGUUAACCUUGUGUGGUGGCUUGUGUGGUGCUUGAGGAGACACUCUCACCAGCCUUACCUCUGGAAAUGUGUCCUGGUGGUUGUCCUAUUACAAAGCCUGGCACUUCUGGAAUUACUAGAUUUUCCACCUGUCCUGUGGGUGCUGGAUGCCCAUGCCCUCUGGCACUUCAGCACCAUCCCUUUGAACAUUCUUUUCUACAGCUUCUUACAGGACGACAGCUUAUAUCUUCUGAAGGUGAACUCUGUAGAGAAACUGGACUAGACGGGGAUAGAUUCCUGGAUUUGGAUCCUACACUGACCUGCCCUGCCUGCUGUACUGGGAAUGGAAGUGGCCAUGAUGUACCAUUGUAUUUUCCUCUCUGAGAGUGGGAGUCUCUAAAGUGCCUUAUUGCUAUUGUGAAAGUGACUGUGACAUGAGUCUGGUACCCUGUGCAGUCAGUAUCUAUUUUCUGUGUAAUGCUUACCUUGCAUCUGUCUUCGGAAUAUAUUUUGCCCACUGCUGGGACCAGUUGGUCUCAAACAAAUCUUGCAGGUAAUCUAGCUAGGUCUCAUAUCCUGUAGUAGAUGGCAGAUGUCAAGCUUGUGAUUGUCAUUUUUGCUUCUAAUUAGGGACAAGCAUAUAUAUAUAUAUAUAUAUAUAUAUAUAUAUAUAUAUAUAUAUAUAUACAUAUAUAUAUAUAUACACACACACACACACACACACGGGCCUUAUUUUCUGAAUUAUAUGGAGACUAAGUAGUCACUAACCCAAAGAAAUUCUUAACUGG